AUGGCUCCAGAUGCGUAUCGGAAGACAGACUUCAGUUUACCAUUAGACGAUCGCAUUCGUGCCUAUCUUGGCAGCGUUACAUCAGAUACCGAUUACUCCGGAUUUGACACUCAUAUGCUGGCAGCUGUUAGCUAUAUCGGCGCUGACGUUGAGAGAAGGAGAACGACAUUUCACUUCGAAGUUGCCGACUGCAUGUGCAACAAAGAUGGCGUUCUACACGGUGGUGCUGCUUCGACCCUCUUCGACAACCUCAGCUCAACCUCGCUGUUCACUAUUGGCAAACCUGGGUACUGGGAGAGCCUCGGAGUGAGCCGCUCAUUGGCAGUGUGGUUCCAUCGCCCUCUGCCUGCGGGCUUGAGCGUGAAGCUCACCUGUACAGUAAUUGAGGCAGGGAAAAAAAUGGCUACAGUUCGCGCGGUGAUGGAAACUAUGGAUGGCAUUGUCUGUGCAAGCUGUGUGCAUGAAAAAUAUCUACCGCUGAGAUCAAGGCUUUGA